AUGGACGUGUUCAAGAUCGACCAGUCGUUAACGGCGGGCCUGGGUAGCGCCCCGGCCCCCGACACCCUCACCCCGGAGGUGUCCUUCGACGCCGGCAGCGAGUUCAACUUGAGCUUCUUCGACGGCCCCGAGGAGAACAGCGCCCAGGGCUUCAGCGAUCCGGGCUCGGUUGGCAGUGCCAGUACCUCCCCGCCUCCGGGCACUCUACCGGUCAAUCCGGCCGGCAACGCGAGCCUGCCUAUCGUCCAAGUGCCCCCUGGCAUCGUUGUCAAACAAGAACAACACUACGCUGCCGCAGACUCGAAUAGCUCAACCCCCGCCAAGAGUUUCGUGCCGUGCAAGGUCUGCGGCGAUAAGGCGAGUGGCUAUCACUACGGAGUCACCAGCUGCGAGGGUUGUAAAGGCUUUUUCAGGCGGAGCAUACAAAAGCAAAUCGAGUACAGGUGCUUGAGAGACGGCAAGUGCAUGGUGAUAAGAUUGAACCGGAACCGCUGCCAGUACUGCAGAUUCAAGAAGUGCCUGGCCGUCGGCAUGUCCAGAGAUUCGGUUCGAUACGGCCGAGUGCCAAAGCGCUCCCGCGAACGGGGCCCCGACGACGCGACGCCCACGACCACGACGAGCGGCGGCCCGCCCACGCCGACCGGCACCACCAACGGCGUCGUGCCCCAGCUCGCCGUCGCCAACACCAACGGCAGCAGCAACAACAAUAACAACAACAACAACAACAACGCCAAUACCCCGAACAACAACAACAAUAACAACAGUACCAACAACAACAAUGUGAGCAACAACAACAACAACAACAACAACAAUAGCCAAAACAGCUGCCCGAUGAUGCAGGGGAGCCGGGUGGGGCAGGCUGCGACGGUGGUCGAGGCGGACCAGUCGGACGCUGACGUCAAACAGCUCGCCGUGUACGACGUGAUACUCCAGGUGUCGCAGGCUCAUCACGCCCACUGCGGCUUCACCGAGGAAUCGACGCGGGGCAUCGUGCGCAAACCCAUGAUCAUACCGCCCGCGAGUCCCGAGGACCCGGAAGCAGCCUCCUCGACCGCGGAGACGACCGAGGCGCACAAGAUCUGGCUGUGGCAGCAGUUCGCCGCCCGGGUGACGCCCUCCGUCCAGAGGGUCGUCGAGUUCGCGAAGCGCGUACCCGGCUUCUGCGAGCUGUCCCAGGACGACCAGCUCAUACUCAUCAAGGUCGGCUUCUUCGAGGUCUGGCUCAGCCACAUCUCCAAGAUGACCUCCGACGCGUCCAUGACCUUCGAGGACGGCACCUACAUAACCAGGCAGCAGCUCGACCUCAUGUACGACCCGGAUUUCGUGUCGUCGAUGCUGCAGUUCACGUCGGCGUUGAACAGCCAUCAGUUGACGGACGCAGAGUUGGGGCUGUUCUCGGGUGCGGUGCUGCUGAACGAGCGCCCGGGCCUGAACGACGUCAAGGCGAUCCAGAGGCUGCAGGACCGGCUGCUCGAGGCACUGCGCGUUCAAGCUGUGGCGGCGGGUAACGGGGGCCCGUGCAACAACGACCCGAUCAACGGCCUCGCCUUGAGGAUACCCGAGCUGAAGAGCCUCGGGGCCAGGCACGCGGACCUGCUCGACUGGUUCCGCAAGAACUGGACCAAGUUGAAGCUACCCCCGCUUUUCGCCGAGAUCUUCGACAUUCCCAAGUGCGAGGAGGACCUGCAGUGAACGGAGGCAAAAGGCGCUCGGUCAUUGCCAGGAUCACGUUUUCCAGUGCGUUGAUAAUCAGUUGCGAUUAUCGCAAACACAGAGGAGCACCGACAGCCAAGGGAUCCCUCUCGGCUUUUCUCAUCGUCGUCCUCGUCCGGGACGGGCUCGAGGUGACAAGUGAGCCACGCCAGCAAAGGCUUGGAAUCUCGAAGGGACACGCGCGCGCGUACUUGUGUAUUGUGUACUACGUGUACUGCAUUGAGACGCUGAAGAAAAGCAAGCGCGACAAAGACAACGCUAUGACACGGAAUUUUUUUUUUUUUUUCUUUCUUUCCCUUUUUUUUAUAACGACGCAUGGAAAAUGGGUAUUGCGAAAUCGUCAAGGAAAAUCUUGGGCGCAACUCGUGCGUGGCUCAUACAAGUACUUUUUUGAGAUGGAUGUUAGUUGGUGGAACCAACGAGGUUGUGGUUGGUGUGUUUUGGGACUGCUUUCUUUGCGAAAUUAAGGUACGCUAAGGUGUGCUGUCACCACAGCAGAAAAAUUGCACGGAAUUGCAGCUUGGAUCGAUGCGUUUUUCUAUUUGUCAAGUGAGACAUACACACACGUACACCCACUAAAUUUCAUUCGCGCGUUUUUCUCGCGUGUUAAAAAAUCAAUCACGUUAUACACACCACACACACACACACUUCGGGAGAGAAACGAUGCAGCGUCCGGUACAACAUACAUAUAUAUGUAUGUACAUGCACAAAAAAAAAACGCGCGUCCUGUUGUGCACUGUAUGCGCUCCGUCUAAUCUUGUUAACGCGUACGUGGGUACGCAUAAUACAUAUAUAGAUAUAAAUAGAUUAAAUAGAUUUUAUUGUGAAUGUGCAUGAUUAUGAGUAAAAAAAAAAUUAUUAAAUUAAAUUAAAUAUACAAAACAACUAAGAGGUCGUACUACGAGCAUUUAAAAGUAUAAAGAAGAAAAGAAAAUUUUAAAUAAUAAUAUAUUCAUGAUGCAAAACGUGACGCGCCGCGACUUUUUGGAGGAAUUGACGAGAGAAAGAAAAAAAAAUUAAAAAAAAAGAUGGACAAAGUAAACGAGCCUGGCAUCUCUUCCCCCUUUCACUUUAAUAAUAUUAUACAUAUAGGUGCAUGCGCUGUGCGAGUCUCAAUCUAUGCGAUUCUAUUUUUAUUACUCGACUUGUAGAUUACAUUCAUAUACACAUCAAAUGAAUAUAUGAUUAAAAAAAAAAAUUAUAUAUAUAUAGCGAGAUAGAAAGAAAAAAGCCCGCAUAUAGGAAAUUUAUUAUAUAUAUAUAUUACAGCAGCAAGAGCAGCAGCAGUAAUGUCUUUUUGAACACGUCGUCAAACCUUUUAGAAUUACUAUAUUGAUAAUCAACUCUAGUAUGGUAGACAAAACAAUAAAUUGAUAUAAUGUUCAGAAAGGUGAAUCAUGAAAGUCAAAUGCAUAUCGAAGUCGCGAGAGUUUUAUUGAGAAUAAACGCCUACUAAAUGUAUUUAUUAAUUAUUGCUGAGUACUUAAGCUCUAACUAGGGAAUUGUAAUUGUCAUUCGUUCCGAUUCGAUCGAUUAAUCGAACGUACUUAAAUUUACAUAUGAAUACACAUAGAUACAGAAUAGUUCAUGCGAAAUUUAUAUAAAUAUAUAUAUAUAUAGAUGUAUACAUAGCAAAAAAGAAAG